AUGUCAGAGGCUUUGAUUCAGCGAAUAAAGGAGCUGGAGGCAGAGCUGGAGAAGCUCAAGUCCCAGCUGAAGGAGAGGAGUGAAGCUGGCAGUCCAUCUCCUAAUGAGAGCACAGUCUGCAGACCUGAUGGUAACACCAGCAGCAGUAAAAAGGGCAAGAAAGCAGGCAAAGACCGUCCUUUUGACUUCUCUGCCCACCCCCGGCGCCAUGUGGCCCUGCGGCUGGCUUACCUGGGAUGGGCCUACCAGGGCUUUGCAGUUCAGGAGAACACAGACAACACUGUGGAGGCCAGACUCUUUGAAGCUUUGCUAAAGACACGGCUGAUUCAGAACCGACAGAGCUCCAACUACCACCGGUGUGGCCGCACUGAUAAAGGAGUCAGUGCCUUUUCCCAAGUCAUAACCAUUGAUUUGCGCUCCACGCAGUGUUGUGUAGGACUGGGCGUCACACUCCCUGAACAUGUUGAUGUUAGUACCAAGAAUAAAGCUACCGGCUCUGAGCUUCCAUAUGUGAAGAUGCUGAACAGAGUCCUGCCCCAGGACAUUAGGAUCUUGGACUGGGCACCAGUAGCAGAGGGCUUCAGUGCACGCUUUGACUGUCAGUCCCGCACGUACCGAUACUACUUCCCCCGAGGAUCCUUGGAUGUGGCGUUGAUGGCGGAUGCUGCACAAAGAUAUGAGGGCACUCAUGACUUUCGCAACCUGUGCAAAAUGGAUGUGGGUAACGGAGUCCUGCAGUUUGAGAGGACCAUCUUGUCAGCAUCAGUCAAGCCUGUGCAGCCUCAGCACACAGACCAAUAUGACCUCUUCAUAUUUGAGAUCAAAGGACUGGCCUUCCUUUAUCACCAGGUACGAUGCAUGAUGGCACUGCUUCUCCUGAUAGGACAGAAACUGGAAGCCCCAGAGAUAAUUAAUCAGCUCCUGGAUGUUCAGAAUAACCCCAGGAAGCCCCAGUACAGCAUGGCAGUAGACUACCCGCUGGUGCUGUACGACUGCCACUUUGAAGGUUUGAGCUGGAAACAGGAGAAUGAAGAGGUGAACCACGUCCUGUCUGCACUACAACAACACUGGACCCAGAGUGCAGUCAAGACCCACGUCCUCCACGGGAUGAUCCAGGGAUUGGAGGCCACAGUAUUUUUCUGA